AUGGCUGAUAUUGUUGAAGAAGAGCCUCAAUUGCAUAAUGGAGCGGCUCCAGGUGACUCCAAAACCGAGCAGCAUCCGACUCCAGAGCCACAAUCCGACCACGAUCCCCAACUCCAAGCUGAGCCCAAACUUACCGACGAAAUCCCGGUAAUAGAAACGGAUUCGAAGCCUGAGGAAGUACAAUCGGAGCUAACCGAUGCGAAGACUGAGAAGGAAGAACCUGUGGUAACAGAUGCAAAGCCGGAGGUAAACGUUGUGGAUCUGUCUCCGGGAGGAUCCGAGGAGAUCUCGAUCCGGUCUACGAAGGCCGAUCAGGAAUCGACUACUACUCAACAACCACUCACCGUUCUGAAGAAAGAAGACGAAGGCAACAAGACAUUUACCAUGAGAGAGCUUCUCAGCGAAUUAAAAAGCGAGGAAGGAGACGGGACUCCACACAGCUCUGUUUCUCCGUUUAGUCGAGAAAGUGCUUCUCAAGCAGCGGAGAACAAUCCUGCAAUGGAUCUGAUAAACAGGAUCCAAGUUAACGACGAAGAGGGCCGAUCUCGCCAGCGUGUUCUUGCAUUUGCUGCCCGCAAGUAUGCUAGUGCGAUUGAGAGAAAUCCAGAAGAUCAUGAUGCAUUAUACAACUGGGCACUUAUUCUUCAGGAAAGUGCUGAUAAUGUCAGCCCAGAUUCUGUUUCACCUUCUAAAGAUGAUUUGCUCGAGGAGGCUUGUAAGAAGUACGAUGAGGCAACCCGUCUCUGCCCAACGCUUUAUGAUGCUUAUUACAAUUGGGCUAUCGCAAUCUCUGAUAGGGCAAAGAUGCGUGGUCGCACAAAGGAGGCUGAAGAACUAUGGGAACAGGCGACUAAUAACUAUGAGAAGGCUGUCCAGCUCAACUGGAAUAGUUCCCAGGCAUUAAACAACUGGGGACUGGCGCUGCAGGAACUCAGUCAAAUUGUUCCUGCUAGGGAGAAGGAAAAAGUUGUCAGAACUGCCAUUAGCAAGUUCCGCGCUGCAAUCAGGUUGCAAUUUGAUUUCCAUCGAGCCAUAUACAACCUUGGAACCGUUUUGUAUGGAUUAGCAGAAGACACACUUAGAACCGGGGGUUCAGGCAACGGAAAAGACAUGCCUCCCGGUGAGUUAUACAGCCAAUCUGCCAUCUACAUUGCUGCAGCUCAUUCGUUGAAGCCAAGUUAUUCGGUUUACAGCAGUGCUUUGAGGCUCGUUCGUUCCAUGCUACCUCUACCGCAUCUUAAAGUUGGAUAUCUAACGGCACCACCCGUGGGCAACUCACUCGCUCCUCACAGUGAUUGGAAACGCACGGAGUUUGAGCUCAAUCACGAGAGGCUUCUACAGGUACUGAAACCUGAACCAAGAGAAAUGGGGCGAAACCUGUCCGGUAAAUCAGAGACAAUGAGCACAAACGUGGAGAAGAAGACGGUAAAGGUGAAUAUUACGGAGAUUGUUUCAGUUACGCCUUGUGCUGAUCUCACUCUACCUCCCGGUGCUGGUCUCUGCAUUGAUACCAUUCAAGGCCCAGUUUUCUUGGUUGCAGAUUCAUGGGAGUCCUUAGAUGGAUGGCUCGAUGCGAUUCGUUUGGUGUACACAAUUUAUGCGAGAGGGAAGAGUGAUGUUUUAGCUGGUAUUAUCACCGGUUAA